AUGGCGGGCGCUGUCCCAAAACGAUUUUGGCAUUCCGCAAGAAUAUUCUCCUUUGCGCGAAAGAUACCUGCGCAAAAUUCAAGGCGUUGGCAAUAUCCGUCGCAGAAACAACUGAAGAACUGGCCGUCACUGGCACCAGAAUGCCCAGUGCCCAGUCGCACAGCCAGUAGAAAAGUCCCGGAAGGCCCCUCUUCGCCGGCCGCCGUUCGCCUGAAUCCCUCGCCUCAGAAUCUGUGUGCGACUCUGUCUCUCUCCGAGGCUGGCCGUUCUGCCCGCCCACUCUUUGCUUCUCUGGCGGGCACAGCUGGUCGACUGGGUGAAAAAGAAGAACGACGCGCGUUUUUUUGA